AUGGAAAUAAAAGUGAUGGAAAGUCGGAGGUGAAGACCAAAGACUCAAACCAGAAUUGACGGGGCCGCAGAACAAGCCACGCGUUGCACGUAUCUCACAAUUGGCCACAUUCGUCUUCAAAGAGGGCCAAUUCAAAGCUCUCAUCUCCACUUUUCAACUCAAAACAACCAAACACAAGAUCUGUUCCGACUAGGGUUUCUUUUCUCAAACUCCCCGCCCCAGGAAAAGAUGGAUAGAUUGAAACUGGCUUCAUUGGGUGAGAGAUUAAAAACUGGAGGUGCACAAAUGGGAAGAAUGGUGAGUGGAAAAGUGAAGGAGAUAUUGCAAACCCCAACUCCAGAAUCCAAGAUGGUUGAUGAGGCUACUUCCGAAAGCUUGUCGGAUCCUAAUUGGGGUAUGAAUUUGAGGAUAUGUGCAAUGAUCAAUAGCGAAGAGUUCAGUGGUGCAGAGAUUGUGAGGGCUAUAAAGAAGAAGAUAUCCAGUAAGAAUGUUAUGAGCCAGAGGUUGAGUCUUGAUUUAUUGGAGGUUUGUAGCAUGAACUGUGAGAAGGUGUUUUCAGAGGUGGCUUCUGAGAAGCUAUUGGACGAUAUGGUUAGGAUGAUUGAUAACCCACAGACAGAUCACACUAAUAAGGAAAGAGCUCUGCAGUUAAUCCAGGCUUGGGGUGAGUCUGAGGAUCUUGCAUACUUGCCGGUAUUUCGCCAAACUUAUAUGGGUGUGAAGAGAAGCGGCACACCUCCACCAGUACAAGACGGGAGUUCUCCCUCCAUUCCAUACUCCCUGGAAUCAUAUGUCCAUCAACAGCCGCUGUCUCCCCCUGGAUCAUAUCCUAUCCCUGAUGCAGGUUUGCAUCGUGCGGAUAGCACUGCUUUUUCCUAUAACUAUGGCAUCCUAUCAAUGAAAGAAAAGAAAGAAUUUCUUCUUAUCACUAGAAAUAGCCUUGAACUGCUCUCCAGCAUUUUGGACUCUGAAACAGAACCAAAACCCAUCAAGGAUGAUCUGACAGUGAGCAUGGUUGAGAAGUGCAAGCAGUCACAACCUGUUGUACAGAGGAUUGUAGAAAGCACGAUUAACGACGAGGGGAUGCUCUUUGAGGCUCUAUAUCUUCAUGAUGAACUCCAACAAGUCAUUUCCAAAUAUGAAGAAAUGGAAGCCAAGUCCACUGCACAACUGCCUGAAAACCCUAAUACAGCAGGGGGCAAUUCAGCUGAGCCAGUCGAGCUUAAUGAAGCAAAAUCAGCAGAAUCUCCCAAGGGAGAAAGCGGUGAAGCCAGCAAUGAUCAGAAAAGCACUUGAUGCAGGUAAAUGGGCACAGUACCGUAUGUAUGUUUCGUGGAAUAUCUGAAUCCUUUGCCACUUAUGGUUCAAUAAUUUUACUAUCAUGCUCUUGUAAUUAGUUAACAGGGGUUUACCUACAUUUGGUUAGGGGGGUUAAGCCAACAUACAAUCCUUUUAUUGUAAUAUAAUCUUUUUGGAGACCUGGUAAUUGGCAUGUGUUAUGGGCACAACCAGCUCCUCCUUUUGUCUCACCCUCUUAAGGCAACAAAUAUAAAUGGGAAAAAUUCUGGGUUCUAACCGUA